GGUUAUCCUGGAGGAACGGGUAUAUCUGCUUAUAAUCCCAUCAAACUGGAUCUUGGAGGAGUUGUGCUUGGCACAUUGGUUGGUAUUGGAGCAAUUAUAAUAAUUCCAAAGCUAUUAAAUGCUUUUCAUGGAGGAUAUGCUGGCUAUGGUAGAAGUGAAAAUGAUAACGAUAUUUCAUCAAUUUCAAAUAUAGUGAAAAGAAUUGAUCAUAUACUUGCCCAAAACAACGUCGACUCAACAAGUUGUACGCAACGUGCAGUUUGUAGUUACGUUCGCUCAACUAAAUAUAAUAUAAAGGCUGGAGUGUCCGACCAAGUGGAUGAAUUCAUUCAACUACUGUCUGA